AUGACGCCCGUGAGCGACGCCUUCCAGUUGCCUAAGCAUCAUCUCCAGCAUCGUUCUUUGAUUGAGAUUCACGAUAAGCCCAUUCGUGUCGACUUUACUAAUCUGCUGGGGUAUUGGUCUGAGUUGACAGACUCGGAAGCAGACGGAAACACCGCGAGGCGCGCAAAGAGAAACAUCCCUGACGAGGGAUUCACAACGCGCCACAUCCGUGAUCGCGUCAUCAAGGCCGAAGAGUUGGAGUAG